GUUGAGGACGAGAAUUCGCCCCCUGCCCUGGGUGGAUGUGUGGGCGGCUGUCUGGGUGGUUGCGUGGGCGGGUGCAGCGGAGGCGACAGCAGUGACCUCGACCUUGGCGACGACCUCUCCGACGACACGCGAGACUCAACCUCCGACGACGACCACGGCGACGACCCCUCCGGCGGCGCGAACCUCUCCGGCGGGAACCAGAGUCGCCGCUUCCUCACUUGGCGUCGGUCCCAAGCGUCCACGUGCGACGGCAACGAAGCGAGCGACGGCGGCGUGGUCCUCGAGGUCGGCCUUGGGGAAGCGAACGAGGAGCGAGGUGUCGUGGGGCACCAUCGCAACAUCAGGAAGGUCUUCACCAACACGCGGGAGCGCUGGAGGCAGCAGAACGUGAGCGGAGCCUUCGCCGAGCUGCGCCGCCUCGUGCCCACGCACCCGCCCGACAAGAAGCUCUCGAAGAACGAGAUCCUCAGACUCGCUAUAAAAUACAUCAAUCUUCUCAACUCUGUUCUCGAGUGGCAGCGUCGGCAGGAUGACGCGUUUUAUCCCCCGCACGACCAGGAUAAUUGCAACAACAACACCAGCAACAGCAACAACAAUACCAGGCGAAACGGGACUGUGCUGAGCAGCGGGAACGGCCAGCGCGGGUCUCCGCUCUCCCCGCGCGAGGCCUGCAUCAGCAUCGACACCUCCCUCCGCUACCGCCACCACCUCCACCGACCUUCCUCCCCGCAGUCUCCGGAGUCGCCUCCUCCGCCCUCGUCCACCUCCUCCUCCUCCUCCUCGCCCUCCCCUUCCUCUUACUCCUCUCCCUCGGUGGCGCUCCCCCGCCCCUCGCCCAUCCCCAUCACGCACUACUCUAUCCCUUCCUCCACCGCCACACUCACUUCCCCGGCCACGUCUCCGCGCCCGCACGCGUCCUCCACGACGUCGAGGGUCAUCUCCCCGCCUCCCGAAGAAGGCCCGCAGAGCACGGCGGCGCGAUUUCACCCUUACGUGCUGGCGGUGCGGGUGCGGCCGGGCCUCACGCUCCUGCACCCUCAGGCCAAGUGAAGUCAGAGAGGAAUCUCAGCUUUUGCCGAAUGUUAUUACUCUACGCCUGUGAAACUGCCAGUAUAUAUUAACAUUUACGUUCAUAUGUAAAUAUAAUGAUGUCCAAAAGU